AUUCAAUAUUAAAUUACAAAAUACCAUGUCCCCCCUGCGACGCACACAGGCAUGGGUUGCCGCGAUUUUCUUUAUUUGCAUGCUUGUAGCGAGCCUUCGGUGGCAGCCAUCUAUAGCACCUCCAGUCACAUUUGUCGUUAACACAGUCAACCAUCACAUCAAGCAAGAAGUUAAUAGAAUAGAUAUGAAAUACUGCGGUGGACCAUGUAGAUUCAUUUUGCCAUUAAAGAUUAUGGAGCAAGAAUCAAAGGCACAAAUACAUCUUCAACAAAUUGCCUUUAUGUCCGGUCUUGUUAAUCGAACAGUCGUCUUACCUAAUGUUAAAAACUCUCGUCUCGGUGCCUGUCUUCGCCACCCCUUUGAUUUUUACUACUCAAAUAGCUGGGGAAAACAAAACAAAGAUCAUUUCAAUACCAUUACAAUGGCCGAUUUUACUGCCUGGCUCAAAGAGCGUAAAGCCCUUGGCCGUGCCGGUACCAAUAGAAAUCUUCACAUUCGCGUAGACCCUACCACAGGAAAUCCUUACAUGUCACCACAAAAUUGUCUCGACCCACUCCUCGCACCACGAAACCUUCCUGAUAGACUUUUGUUGAUGAAGGAACACAGACAACCCGAAUUGCGUGUUGAUAUCGAAAGACAAGUAUAUGAAUUCCUUACUGAAGAUGAUGGUAUCGAAGUACUCGGUUUGUUCUAUGACAGACGGUACCCAUUUGUACACCACCCACUCUCAAAUCUUCCUAUUCCGUACAAUGAGCGUGUAACUGGAUUUGCAGACCAGAUUGCAUCAAGUCUAGGUCCAUAUCGGGCAGUCCAUUGGCGCACAGAGACUCUCGAGCCCGCUGAGAAUUUGGUCGAAUGUGCUCAAACACUCGUCGAGAAGCUCACGAGCGACAUUAGCGAUGACGGAGUUCCUCACAAACUCUUCCUUUUGACUGAUUACCCCCACACAUUCAGUGAGCAGGCAAUAUACUCUGCAAUUGUCAAAAACAUCACAGACCCUACACAGAUGCGCUCAGCUUCAGCCACCUUCCACUUAAAAAUGCUCACCCCUCAUCACCACAAAGCCAUGGCAUACCUUUACAGCCAUGUCCCCGUUAGAGUCACUAGUCUAGAAGAGUCCGGAAAUUCACACAUAGGCCCUCCCCCUGCAAACUGGACAUCUAUAAGCGUUCCUAAUAUCGUUGGAAAACAUGACAGCGGACUUUUGGGUAUUGUUGACAAGCUGCUAGCAAUGAGAGCCGAUUCAUUUUUUGCAGGUGUUCCUCACGUCUGUGGCCGCUCAAGUAGCUUCACCACUCAAAUUGUCGAAGCACGAAAAGAGGCCAUGCUUGAAGGCGCAGUGCUUUCAAACUCUGUUGAAUAUUUUGGCCUUCCUUCUCCAAUUGUAUGAAAUACCCACCAAAUUCCACUUCUUUUAUAUACAAAAACCACUCCUACAUAAGCAUUCUACAUACAUUUUUACAUAUACACCUUGCAUAUUCCCUCCCUAAAAUACAUAUACAUCAAAUAAAAAUAAAAAAAGACUAGAAAU